AUGGUCAAGACGACUUACGCUCUGACGCUCUUUGCGGCUAUCAGCUUAGCUGCUCCCGUUCCUAACCCUGAUGGGAGCGGUAACUUGAUCGGUGCUGGCGCUGAUAGCAGUAUUAACGAGCUGAUCGGCAAACUUGUCCCUCGUAACACUGAGGACGGUUCGGUUGAACACAAGAAUCUCAUCGAGGAGAUCCCCAUCAUUGGAGCUAUGCUUGGAAACAAGCAUGAUGUCAAGCGUGGUGACUCCGAAUACAAGGCUGAGCACCGCAACCUCAUCGAUGAUCUCCCAAUCAUUGGAUCCCUCAUUGGCAACCAAAAGAGCAACAGACGUCGAGGCCUGGGUGGCGAUGGACUGAGUGGCCUGCCACUCGUUGGUGGCCUUUUCGGCAAGCAUAAGCACACUGGAGGCAACAAUGGCAUCUCUGAGACUAAACGAAGUGAGGGCCAGAACGAGGGUCAGAACGAGGGUCAGAAUGAAGGCCAGAAUUACGGACAGAACUGGGGUCAAAAUGAAGGUCAGAAUGAGGGCCAGAACGAGGGUCAGAAUGAGGGUCAGAACGAGGGUCAGAAUGAGGGUCAGAACGAAAAGCGUGACUUGGGCAGUCUCAGUAGCCUCCCUAUUGUCGGCGAUCUGUUUGGAAAGGAGCAGGGCAAGCCCUCGCACCAGGAGACUGAUGCCCCAGCCAAGCACAUCGACACUCGCCGGGAUGGUGGCAAUGCCAAGGGCGUCUUUGGCAUCUUGCAGUCGCUGACCAGCGGUAACCCCACGACCCAAAGCCACAAGCGCGAUGAGGAUGACUUUACCCCAUUCGAACCUCUGGGUGAUGUUCUUGACGGUGCUGUUGACUCUGGCAUGGCUGCCGAGGGCUCUGUUAUGCCUACCCGCCGUGAUGUAUCUGCCGCUCCUAAGAGCAACUCGCCUCAGCAGAGUAACGAGCAGGGUGCUCAAAGCCAGAAGGGCAGUGAGAGCCAAAAGGGCAAGGAGGAGAAGCAGUCCAACAACCUUCUUGCUGAGCUAAUGGGCCCUAAGGGCCUCGGCUCCAUUAAGGGUAACGCUCACCACGGCAUCGGCUUGUUCCCUAUGCGCCGCGAUACAAAGCAAAACGAGGCCCGUCAAGCCCCUCCCAUCCAGGGCUCCACUCUGACAGACGUCUUGUUGCAAGGCGGUGCUCUUGGAAAGAUCACCAAAAUGCUCUCUCCUGGCACUCCCCAGAAGCCCCCAGGUGCCAGCGACCCCAAGGUUGCUGGCGAUGGCAGCAUCUCCGGUCCCCCCGAUCCCGCUUCCGGUGCUGGUCCUCACUCUGGCCCUGGCCUUGAUGCUGAGCAGGGACGUAAUCCUGCCCCAGGUGCUUCCCAGUAA